AUGGAAUUGGAUACACCUGACCCCUACGUCAUUCUCAAACUGGACAACUCACCAUGCGCGUGGCGGAAGACGACGGUCAAGGACAAUGACGUCAACCCUGAAUGGAACGAAGAGUUCACCUUCUGGCUUGACCCUGAACAGAACCACGUGCUGAAGUUGUCCCUCAUGGACGGCAACUACACGAUUGACGAGCACCUGGCCACUGAACAACUGCCACUCUCGCCCCUCCCCAUGGGCACAACACUCAAGGAAACCAUCACAUUUAACAAGAUUUCAGAAAUCGACAUAGAAGUUCGGGCUGAAAUGAACCGAGAUGCAGACCUGAGGUACAGUCUGGCACUGUCUAGAGAGGAGAAGUCGUUUACUCUGGAGAGGAAGAGGCACGUACAGAAAGCCAUGAAGGAACACUUUGGUUUCGGGGCUCCCAAGUUUUCGAAUGAGGUGCCUGUUAUAGGGGUCAUCGGGUCAGGGGGAGGGUUUCGAGCCAUGGUGGCCUACAGUGGAGCUAUGGCCGCCCUGUCAGAGAUGGGGAUCCUGGACAUGACGACUUUUGUUGGGGGCUUGUCAGGAUCUGCUUGGUACCUGGCCCAACUGUACGCCCACCCUGAGUGGCCCAACAUCUCCCCGGGCAAGCAGCGGGAGGAGAUCAAGCACUACAUCGACCACAGCUUUCUCUGGCUCCUCAAGACACACGGGGUCAAGUUCGCCAAGGCCGUCUGGGAGAAGCGGAGCAGGGGCGAGCCGGUGUCUUUCACUGACCUCUUCGGUCAUUUGGUGGGAACCACGUUGUUAAAACACAACUAUGACGUCAAACUCAGUGACCAGCGUGAGGUUCUAAAAGGGGGCCGGGUGCCCCUGCCUCUGUACGCCGGGCUACACGUGAAGAAGACUGUGAGCGCCAAGCUUUUUCAUGAAUGGAUGGAGUUCUCUCCCUAUGAGGUGGGUCUGCCAAAGUACGGGACUUUCCUGGACAGCCAGCUGCUGGCUUGUAAGUUCUUCAUGGGCUGCAUCGUCAAGCGCUUUCCUGAACCGCCGUUACAUUAUCUGUUGGGUAUUUGGGGCAGCGCAUUCUGUGUACAACUCAAAACUCUAAUGAGCAGUGAGCAAAGACAAGAAAGCCAGGAAGAUUUUGUAACGGCAAUUAGUCAAGAUCUGCAGCAAAGCGAUCUAGUGGAAAGUGAUUGUAGCGAGGAUGAAGAUGAUAAGGGGAAUACCACACUGUCAGGCAGCCCUCAAACCCAACCACAGAAAACGACAAAGUCCAUACAAACCUCCUUGUUAGACUUUAUGAAGUCGGCAGUGCUUGAAUCUAGUUUACUGCAGAGCAUCCACCUACGGGCUGCCCGCAUCUUCAACUUUAUGAGAGGUCUCUCCUACAGCAACGUCUACCCCUUCUCACCCUUCAAGAAAACUAGAGAGGAAGAGGUGGAGCAGAAUAAAGAACUGUUUGAAGAUAUCUUUGAGCUGCACCCCACUAAUCUGAAGAAGCUCUAUCUGGUGGACAGUGGGCUGACCUUCAACUCCCCCUACCCCCUGGUGCUCCGCCCCCAGAGGGAGGUGGAUCUCAUUCUUUCCUUUGACUUCAGCGCCCGACCAACGGACGACGCACCGGGUUUUAAGGACCUGGUUCUAGCCGCUAAAUGGGCCAAGUUAAACAAAGUUCCCUUCCCACCCAUCGACCCCAACGUGGCCGAGAAAGAAGGUCUGAAGGAGUGCUACGUCUUCAAGCACCCCUGGGAUCCACUCUGUCCCAUUGUUGUACAUUUCCGUCUGGCGAACAUCAACUUUAGACGGGAACUCCGGCCAGGUGUCCCCCGGACAACUCAGGAAGAAUUGGACUUCGCUAAUUUCAGCCUGUUUGACGACCCGGCCAAACCUUACUCAACGUUCAACUUCACCUACACCCACCAGGAGUUUGACCGUCUCUCUAAGCUCAUGGAGUUCAACACCCUGCUCUCGAAAGACAUCAUCUUCGACAACAUCCGCACCUGCAUCAAACGACGGAAGAGAUUCAGCAUCCGCCGGCCGUGCAAGAAGCGAGACGUGUCCACGCUGAGCUUGAGCAUCGAGGCGCAUUCACAGCUACUGGCUUUCAUCGCCAAGUCAGAGAGUGGAGGGGUUUAUGAAGAGGCGGAUAAGAAAGAUGAAACCGAUUCUGUGCCUGCUGUGGUUAUAAAAGACCGACGCAUAAGUAUGCCGAUUCACGGAGACAAACGUAAAAGGUACGGGGCGAGUAAGCAGUUUCUGGAGUACACGGCAAAGUAUAAAGGGCAGGUGGUGUAUGAAGAAAGUGAGGACACAGAUACAGGCGACGACACGGAUUCCUCUAAAAAAUCUGGUGGGGCCAAAGACAAGACAAAGCGUUUAGACCCAAGCACGCUAUCUGCUGGUACCAAUAUGCCGGGUACCACAGACUCAGCUGAACAAACUCAGCCAGAAAAGUUGGAUGAUUCCCAAGUUUACAGUAGUCAGAAACAUGAUUUAGCUCAAGAUGAUGUGACCUUCGGCCUUAAUGAGAUUAAAAAUAUUUUAUCAAUGGGUGCAAGUGAAGCUCUAAGCGACCCACUUGACUUAUCUGACCAAGAAAUUUGAAAGAGAUAUGGAAU